AUGACUCAGCAUAUAACGGCUGUGGGUUAUAAUAUAUACUCGAGGUUUCAGGUACAUAGCCUGCAAUGUCAAUUGCACGCCAAAACUGCCCCACAUGAAUCGGAUAUGAUCAAGAAGAAGUUGGACACCCAAAUCGGACAAUUACACGAUGUGUUAAUGCCAUCAUUGCGUACCGAAUGUGAACUCGAAGUACUUCGAAAAGAAUGUGAUCGACAACGGCAUUUAAUCGGAGCCUUAGAAACGGAGGUGUUCGGUGCUCGAUUAGCCGCCAAGUACCUGGACAAGGAGUUGGCCGGACGUAUCCAGCAAAUACAGCUGCUUGGGCGAAACAUGCGUGGAGUUGAGCACGACCGUUUGUGGAAUCAGCUGGAAGCAGAAAUUCAUUUGCAUCGUCACAAAACCGUAAUCAGGGCGUGUCGGGGUCGUGGACAAACGAAAGGGUUACCCACACCACCAAUGAAUAACUGCAAUCAACCAAUCAAGAGAAGGAGAGGAGUCGGUGACACCAGGAAGGUCGUCCUGGCGAAACAACCGCACGAAGGACUAGGAAUAUCGAUUACGGGUGGAUCGGAGCAUGCUUUACCGAUAGUGAUAUCCGAAAUUCAACCCGGUCAACCAGCUCAUCGUUGCGGUCAAAUCUUCGUUGGUGAUGCGAUCCUGUCGGUAAACGGGUACGAUCUGCGAAAUGCCAAACAUCAGGAAGCAGUCGAGAUUCUCAGCUCACAGGUAAUACUUGCCACUACUCUUAGCUAUUUACAGUUAAUUCACUACAUUCAACGUCCACAGUUGUAUUUUCGUCUUGCUGGCCCUCCUAUAACUGUAUCUAGCGAUGCUAGCGCCAAUAAAAGGCCUGUACGUCCAACGACGAGAACGUUCUACUUUCAGCAAGGUGAUCUGCAUAUGGAAGUGGUGUAUGUGGCCCCUGAAGAAGAUUCUGAUGACGAUGGAACCGUUUUGAUCGAGGAUGCCGACGGUCGAAUGUGA